AUGGACUUCCAAAAUAUCAAGCACUUAACAGCUGCAACAAAACAAAUGCGAGAAAAAUAUUGGAACGAUGCAAUCAGCACUUCCAUCUCGGUCCAGCAAGCAGCUACUACACAGGAUCUUCCCGUGAAAGGUCCAGUGUGGGUUAGCAAAUUCACCAUCCCGUCUCCUGUCCAGGAUGACAACUCGCGAGAUUUACUGCUGGGUUUGAUCGAUGAGCAUAAUUCCCAUAAUGUUCAUUAUGAUCGUCCGAAUUCAGAACCGCUUUCUUGUCAAUGGACGGGUUACCGUGAGGGUGUUGACGCUAAUGCGCCUGAACCCAAAAUCUCAGAAAGUGAGAAAUUUAGGCACUUAGUCCAGGGGACCACGAGCCCACUAACCAUCUUUUAUAUCUAUGGUGGUUCAUUCGUACUCAACAGUCCAUCCAGCUACCGAAAACGCAUGGGAAAUCUAGCUCGCGCAACAGGAAGCAAAAUCCUAAUGGUGAAACAGCGUCUAGCACCGCAGAAUCCCUUCCCAGCAGCUUUCCUCGAUAUAUUCCAAACAUAUCUUUCUCUCCUCGCUCCUCCCCCAAACUCACCACAUGAAGCUAUCCCUGCCAAAAAUAUCGUGAUAGCAGGGGAUAGUUCCGGAUCCUGUCUCGCAUUAGGCUUACUGCAAGUACUCCUGCAACUCAAACGCAAAAAUACAGUGAUAAAAUUCCAUGGAAAUAUAAUUAAACCAUCCGAAUUCAUCCCAGCUGGCCUCGCCCUCUUGAGCGUAAUAACAGAAUUAACAAAUGCGCUCCCCUCAUACCAGCGUAAUAUAAAACAUGAUAUAUUCCCCUCCCCUAUCGAAAAACUUCCAUACCUAGAAAAAAGAUUCCCUACAUGUUCCAUCUGGCCCGCCAAACCCGCAAGAGCAAAUCUAUACUGCGAGGCAGGAAUUCUCGCUCACCCGCUAGCGAGCCCAGUCGCCUCAUUAGAUUGGUCGGGUUCCUGUCCCCUCUGGUUCGCAUCCGGACAGGAGCAAAUCGUAGAUGGAGCGAGAUUGGUGGCUCAAACGGCCUUUUCUCAGGGUGUUCCUGUUGUGCUUCAGGAGUAUGAGGGUAUGCCUCAUACGUUCUUUUGGAUGUUUGGGAAAGCACCGCAGACGAGGAAGAUUUUGGAUGAGUGGGCUGAAACUAUUGUUGCUUUGGGAGAGGGUAAGGAAUUGGUUUGUAAAGCGGAGUUUAUCUAUGCUAAGGGUUUGACGUCGGAGGAAUUGGAUUUGGAAAAUUUGGUGCCGUUUGGUGUGGAGGAGGUGAGGGAAAUUCUAUGGAGAAAGACGUUGGAUUAUAAAGUUCCACCGUUUCAUAAACAACAACGGUCAUCUUUGUAA